UCAUUAAAUAAUUUCCGUUGUCGGUUUGUACUUGCGUGACGUGACUUUAUUUUCCAAAUAAAUUUGGUACUUAUAAUUAGAAAACAUCUGUAUUUGGUUAGAAGAACAUUAACAUUCAAUAUCGAGAUGAGUGUCUGGCCAGAAGUAGCGACGGCAAAAUCCGAAAACAGGCAUGAAAUCAAAUUGGCGGGUGCUGCUAUAUCUAAACGCAUUUCGGAGGAAGGUUUAGACAAGACAGUCUUUAAAUUAACAAAUAUUAAUCUACUAAACAUUAGCGAUACAUGUCUUCCAUCUAUUCCCGAUGAAAUCAAAUCACUUGUUAACCUCCAAUCGCUAUUGUUAUACGGGAAUAAGUUAACAGAAUUUAAUGAAAACAUAACCUCUUUGAAAAAACUUAAGGUGCUCGAUUUAUCUAGAAAUCAAAUAACAAGCAUUCCGGAUAGUUUAAACAACAUGAAAGAGCUGUCCAGCAUAAAUUUUAGUUCAAAUAAAAUCGAUCACAUGCCAGCCUUUGGUGAUUUUCCUAACUUAAUCUCGAUAGAUCUGUCGAACAAUAAAUUAACGGACUUUUUGAAUACCGAACAGGCAAACCUGCCUCAUUUAACAGACUUAAAGAUUAAGGGAAACGAAAUAGAAACACUUCCAGGUUAUAUAGCAAGUACCAUGCCUUCACUAAAAAAUUUCGAUAUUGGGGAAAAUAAAUUGAAAACACUCCCUGGAGAAAUAGCUGGAAUGGCAAAGUUGAAAGAAUUGAAUCUAAAAGGUAACAAGCUUUCUGAUAAGCGUCUCAUGAAGCUAGUAGACCAGUGUCGCACAAAACAAAUUGUCGACUACAUUAGAGAGCAUUGUCCUACAUCAGACAGUAACCAAGCUACAAGCAAGGGUAAAGGGAAGAAAGCCAAGAAACAAGAUGAAAUCCUACCAGACAAUGCAUCUGAACUCAGUCACACUCUGAAAAUUAUGCACCUAGACGAUGAUACCUUGAAAAUAAAAAUUAUAGAACAAGAAGUCUGGAACAUUCGCCCCUACAUACUCAGCUGUAUAGUGUAUGGGUUGAACUUUGAUGAGGCACUCUUCAAGAAAUUCCUGCAAAUGCAAAAUAAAUUACAUGACACUGUGUGUGACAAACGGAAUGUAGCCACGCUGGCUACGCAUGACAUGAGUAAAAUACCGCCAGGUGACCUUGUAUACACAGCCAAAACACCAUCGGAAUUAAAACUGAUUCCUUUAAAUCGAACAAAACAUUUUACGGGUGAACAAUUGUUCCAGCAAUUGACAAACGAAGCGGAUGCACUGAGAAAGGAAAAGAAAAGAAAUGUUUAUUCAGGAAUACAUAAAUACCUGUACUUACUUGAAGGCAAACCCAAAUAUCCAUGCUUAGAAGAUGCAACAAAGAGAGUGAUCAGCUUUGCCCCAAUCACCAACUCUGAGGAAACUAAAAUGACGGUAGACAGCAAAUCAAUGUUAGUGGAAGUGACAUCGCAUUCAUCGCUCGGUGCUUGCAAAACUGUCAUGGAUAAACUCCUACAAGAAUGUUUGAUGCUUGGCAUUGGCGAAGGAGAUGGUGAUUUCCACACAUUGACUGUGCAACAGGUCAAAAUUGUGGAUCCCGAGGGUAAUCUGAAGAGCAUCUACCCAUCAAGAACAGACUGUGUUUACGAUAGCACCAUCAAAGUUUACAGGAUUCCCAAGAAAUAAUGCUCUGUUUCUGAAUGCUUUGUAUCAGAGUUUUGUGUGAUACUUUACAUAAAAACCUUUAUAUUUUUUAUUUGUUGUACAAGCUUGUGUUUACAAAUGAUAAUAACUCAUUUUCUUGUUUAAAUACAUAUUGUUGAAAUAUUUAAAACACUAUGGAUGUCCAAUGAUCUAAAAGACUGCUUACUUCAUUUGGUUUUUCCAAUAAAAAUGAUAUUUUUGUACUGCCUAACUUUCUGUAUGCCAUAAUGUGAUAUAGCCGACAAGCGUUUUGAUAAGGGCACUUUAUUAUUGGUUAAGGUUAUUAAAUCAUUUGUAUAAAACAGUAUUUAAUUUAGGCUUUCUGUAUUUUUUCUAAGUUCUGUCAUCAUAUAAUGAAACUGUCAUAAUUUUGAUGUUUAUUAUAAGUUAAAUGUUACAUAUAUACUUCACAUAGCUGUAAAAUAUUUAAACUUAUGUUCAUUUAUGUAACUAGAAAAACUUACUUAAUAAUAUAUAUGCACAAAAACAAGUAACUUUCCAUACAUAUAAUGUAGAGGAAGUCGGACAAAAGUUAUAUUGAUUAUAAACAACAAUUAUUGUACCAUUAGUAUAAAAGUUGGAAUAAAAAAUAACAGUUACAUCGUCAUAGAGAUUAAUGUCUCUAUGAGUGGUAAGUGAUGAUCCUAAAAUAAUAAUUAUAACAAUUUGUGUUUUGUUAAUUACCUUUGAUAUGUUUAUCGUGUCUGUUGGAUUUAAGCACAUCAAACAAUAUUUUGUUAUUUACUAUACGUUUUGCCAAAUAAACUAAACAUCUCA